AACCUUGGAAUAAUGACGACUGAUACAACGGAAGCCUUUUUGACGGAAGUGGAUGCUUUAUAUACCUCUCAUGAUAAAGCAAGAAGAGAACAGGCUGAUAAUUGGUUACAAGCUUUUCAGAAGACGCCGGAAGCAUGGGCAGUAUCAAAUCAAAUGUUGAGAUCCCCUCAAACGACUCCCGAAACUGCACAACACUUUGCGGCGCGUACAUUCCGGCAAAAGAUAACGUUAGAUUUACAUCAGCUCGAUGCUGCAGCUCGCAUUUCCCUUCGCGAUUCACUUUUAGAGAUUCUUUAUGAAUACCGCGAUGGCCCUCGUAACAUUAUUACCCAAAUAUGUUUAUCUCUUGCAGCACUGGCGCUCCAGAUGCCCGAAUGGAAGAACGUACUCCCACAAUUUACGGAGCUGUAUGGUAAAAAUCCAGAUACUAUUAAGUGUUUGCUAGAGUUUCUUAAGGUUUUGCCGGAAGAGAUUAGCAAAAACAAUCGUAUACCCAUAUCGGAUGAGGAUUAUCAAUUAAGAUCCAAGGAAUUAUUAACAGACAAUGCCGACAAGGUGUUGCAGAUGCUUUUGAUUUUUUUGCAGAGUUCAGGCAAUAAUACUGACUAUCAAAUAAGGGUUUUUGAAUGUUUCGAAAGUUGGCUUUAUUCUGGUGAUAUCGUAAUUGGUAGUUUGGAAAAUAAUCCAUUUUUGGGACUCUCGUUCGAUGCUUUACAAUCAAAUGAAUUAUACGAUAUUGCAGUCGAUGUCGUCUGUCGAAUUAUUAAUGAAACGCGAGAAAUCCCGGAUUCCAUGCCGGUAAUUGAACAGAUAUAUCCACGUUUGUUUCCUUUGAGAGAGUCGCUAAGGAAUGCGAUAGAGAGCGAUGACGAAGAUCGAGUGCGGGGAUAUUGUCGUAUCUUUACGCAAGCUGGAGAAUCAUAUCUAGAACUUAUUGUUCAACACUCCGAAGCUUUUCAAAGUAUAGUGGAAAGCAUAGCCGAAUGUACAGCUUACCAUGAUACGGAAAUUGUUAGAAUUACUUUUGGUUUUUGGCAUCGUCUAGCGGACACGUUGUUCGAACCACGUCAUGAGAUCAUUAAGGGAAAAUUUGAACAUAUAUUUUCUAACCUGGUUGAUGUUAUGAUCAAACAUUUACAUUACCCCAAAGACCUUUCAAAUUGGUCAGCGGAAAAGCGAGACGAAUUCCGCGAAUUUCGACAUGUAAUGGGCGACGUUCUUAAGGAUUGUUGUCUUAUUGCUGGCUCGCAACAAUGUUUAUCAAAACCUUACUCGGUCCUAGCAGGUUUAUUGAAUACGGCAGAUAAAAGUGUACUGGAGUGGCAAGCAAUCGAAGCACCUUUGUUCUCUUUGCGAGCGAUGGGAUCCGAAAUACCGGAUGAUGAACGCAUCGUUUUGCCUGAGAUCAUGCAACUUCUACAACAACUGCCUGACCAUCCUAAAAUUCGCUAUGCUGCCACUUUAGUUAUUUCGCGAUAUUCUUUUUGGACUAGAAAACACUCAGAAUUUAUCCCGUACCAGUUGAACUUUAUUUCCUCCGGUUUCGAUAAUGAAGAGGUUUCUGCUGCAGCUGCUUUGGCAUUGAAAUAUUUAUGCAAGGACUGUAAUGAGUUAUUGGUCGAAUAUCUUCCACAAUUACAUCCCUUCUAUAUUAAUGUCUCGAAAACUCUCCAUGGGGUAGAUUUACUCGAGGUCACUGAAGCAGUUACUCACGUUGUUGCCGCUGUAUCACCUACAGAAUUGUUGAAAGCUUUACAGAUGUUCUGCCUUCCCAUUGCACAGGGAUUGCACGAGUUUGUCAAUAAAGGUGGAUCGGCGAUCGAAAAAGAUGCCAAAGAUGCUUGUGAUAAAUUGGAACAAUUCUCCAUGGUUCUUCGUGUUAUGGCAGAACGUCAGAGAGGAGAAACAAUAGAUACCACACCCAAUACCGUUCAUCCCUGUGUUUCUAUUAUACAAGAACUGUGGCCUGUUUUCAAUCUCCUCCUCCUUAAUUUUGGAGCCGACCCACACCUAUCAGAAAGCCUCUGCAAAUGUUUCAAGUGUUGUGUCGUUUACUAUCCAAAUGCUUUUCAUUUGCUGCUUCCGGACCUUAUGGAGCGCCUUAUUGCUGCAUUUGAUCAAACAGGAUUGAGUUGUUAUUUGUGGGUUGCGGGAAAAUGUGUAAGAAUGAAUUCUGUUGGUGAAGGUACAGAAGCUACACUAGCAUUGCUAACGUUUGUCGAGAGACUCAGUGUUACAAUGUUUAGAAUUCUUGGCGAUAAAAAACCAGACGAUAUUCCUGAUG